CGGCCUCAGCGCGCGGCGGCGCGUUCCCGCCGCCAGUACGCGCGGGCGGGCGCGCGCUGCACCAACCGGCGGCGCUUGGCGCAGUUCGCGUCCAGCCGGGCGCCGCUGUCCCUGCGCUCCUCUCUCCCCUCUCCUCCUCCUCUUCCCCUCGUCUCCCUUCCCUGCCUCUUCCACUCCAUUCAUCCAUCCAUCCUUCCGUCCCUCCGUCCGUUUGUCCGUCCGUCCCUCCCUCCUCGACUGACACCGGCCUCCCCGGGCCUCGCUCCAGGAGUAUGAAAAACCACAGGAAAAAAAACCUACAAGAGACUGGUUUUCUCUCGACUGAAUCUUUGUGGAAAGUAGUUAAUAGUUAAGUCUCAGACUAUGAACUACGUAGGACAACUUGCAGGACAAGUCCUGGUUACUGUGAAGGAGCUGUACAAAGGCAUUAAUCAGGCAACCCUUUCUGGAUGCAUUGAUGUCAUUGUGGUCCGUCAACAAGAUGGUACAUACCAGUGUUCUCCUUUUCAUGUCCGAUUUGGGAAGCUUGGUGUAUUGCGAUCUAAAGAAAAAGUGAUUGAUAUAGAAAUUAAUGGUGAUGCUGUUGAUCUUCAUAUGAAACUGGGUGACAAUGGAGAAGCUUUCUUUGUACAAGAAACUGAGGAGGAAAACGAAAAAGUUCCUGCAUAUUUGGCAACAUCUCCAAUACCCACUGAAGACCAGUUUUUUAAAGACACUGACAAUCAUUUGAAAUCGGGUGAAAAUGAGAGGAUGUGUUCAAGCUCAGAAAUUUCACACUCUGUGGAAACAGAGACUGUAUUCACCCCAGGUUCUGUGAAAAAGAAAAAAAGAAGAAGAAAGAAAUACAAACAGGAUAGCAGGAAGGAAGAUCAGUUUUCUUCUACUGGAACAGAAGAGAUUUUUGAAAUGGAAAUAAGCUCAGAUGAUGAAAAAACUGUACAACCCCUAAGAGGAUCCUCAAAUUCAUCACCAAAGGGUGAAGAACAAAAAGAAUCUUUGAUUUAUCACUCAAAGGAUCAUUACCCCUUAUCUGAUGGAGACUGGUCCCCUUUGGAGAACCCUUUCUCUGAUCCAGUCUGCCCUAAAAGCGAUUCAGAGCUAGAAGUUAAACCUGCUGAGAGUUUGCUCAGAUCGGAAUCUCACAUGGAAUGGACAUGGGGAGGUUUCCCAGAAUCCACCAAGAUAAGCAAGAAAGAAAAAUUGGAACAUCCCAGAACAGCCACCAUUACUCCAUCAGAGAAGACUCAUUUUAGGGUCAUUUUUAGCUCUGAUGAAGUUGAAGAUGAUGAUGACGUGAAAGAUUCUGUCUGUACAGUACUGAAACCUGAGCCAAGAACUCAUCCUCUGCUUAAGCAGAUGGAUGUUAAAGAUUCUGUUGCUUCUGCAAUCACAGAACCUCAAGAUCCAUUGCCACUGGAUGCUGAUCAUCAUUCCAGACUGUUGGUGGACCCUUUACCAGAAACAAAGCCAACAACAAAAAUUGACUCUCCUUCAAAAAAGAAAGGGGUGCAUAAGCGAAGUCAUCAUCAAGGGCCUGAUGAUAUUUACUUGGAUGACCUGAAGGCUUUGGAACCUGAAGUUGCAGCACUUUAUUUUCCCAAAAGUGAUUCUGAUCCAGGCUUCAGGCAGUGGGCAGAGUCUGAUACCCUUUCCGGUUCCCAGUCUCCUCAAUCUGUAGGAAGUGCUGCUGCUGAUAGUGGAACAGAGUGCAUGUCUGAUUCUGCUAUGGACUUGCCUGAUGUUACACUUUCACUUUGUGGAGGUCUCAAUGAAAAUGGAGAGAUUUCUAAAGAAAAAUUCAUGGAGCAUAUUAUUACUUAUCAUGAAUUUGCUGAAAACCCUGGACUCAUAGACAAUCCUAAUUUGGUAAUAAGGAUUUAUAACAGGUAUUAUAACUGGGCGUUGGCUGCUCCAAUGAUUUUGAGUUUGCAGGUGUUUCAGAAGAGUUUACCUAAGGCUACUGUUGAGUCUUGGGUCAAGGAAAAGAUGCCAAAGAAGUCUGGAAGGUGGUGGUUCUGGCGCAAGAGAGAAAGCAUGACUAAACAGAUACCAGAGGCAAAAGAGGGGAAAACAGAGACACAAAGAGCAAAUGAACUGCCAGCAACUAUAAAAGAGCAAGUUAGUAGACCUCCAGAAGAUGAUUCUUCUAGUGAUGAAGCAUCACAGGAGCUGAAGGAGUCCCUGAAGAUGGAUUCUGCCCCACUAGAGCAUCCAACCCAUGGGAACAUUACAUCUUAUAAGAAAUCACUUAGACUGUCUUCAGACCAAAUAGCAAAGUUAAAGCUAAGAGACGGCCCUAAUGAUGUUGUAUUUAGUAUUACAACCCAGUAUCAAGGAACUUGCCGUUGUGCUGGAACAAUAUAUCUCUGGAACUGGAAUGAUAAAGUUAUCAUAUCAGACAUUGAUGGAACAAUAACCAAGUCUGAUGCUUUAGGACAAAUCCUCCCUCAGUUUGGCAAGGACUGGACUCACCAGGGCAUUGCAAAACUCUAUCAUUCCAUAAAUGAAAAUGGCUACAAGUUUCUGUACUGUUCUGCCCGUGCCAUUGGGAUGGCAGAUAUGACCAGAGGAUACCUUCACUGGGUGAAUGAUGAAGGAACAAUUCUCCCCAGAGGCCCUCUCAUGUUGUCCCCAAGCAGUUUGUUUUCUGCCUUUCAUAGGGAAGUAAUAGAGAAGAAGCCUGAGAAGUUCAAAAUUGAGUGUUUGAAUGAUAUCAAGAAUUUGUUUGCUCCCAGUAAACAGCCUUUCUAUGCUGCUUUUGGAAACAGGCCCAAUGAUGUGUAUGCCUACAUGCAAGUGGGAGUUCCAGACUGCAGAAUAUUUACUGUGAAUCCGAAGGGUGAACUGAUCCAAGAACGGACCAAGGGAAACAAAUCUUCGUAUUACAGACUAAGUGAGCUUGUGGAACAUGUGUUCCCAUUACUUAAUAAAGAACAGAGUUCUGCAUUUCCAUGCCCAGAAUUCAGCUCGUUUUGCUACUGGAGAGACCCUCUUCCUAACCUUAAUAUGGAUGAUCUGGCCUGAAAGAUACGUCUCACCUAGAGAUGAAAUUUCAUAUUCAGCUACUCAACUUCAGUUUAAAUGUGAAGAACUUUUCUUAACGAAGAUGCUAAUUUAUAUACUGGUACCAUAAGUCUUACUAAAGAAAUCACUUUAACUCUGUUGGUUUAAAGCAAAGAAAAUGCAAAGCUGCUGUCUAAUUUUGGGGGGGAGAGGGGUCGGUUUUGGGGGUUUUUUUGUUUGUUUCUUUAUUGCUUGUCUUUAUAUACUUGUUCUAAGCACUUGAGAUUGGCCUGUCAUUGAUGGUCAUGGUACCCAAGUGCUUCAGGCAACUAAAUGCUGAGGUAAACUGUGACCUUGCAUUUUCAUCAAUACAGACCUUAUUGUAAACAUGUUUUUUCUUAUUAGUCUUAAUUAUAUAUUUUCUAAAAUGAAGCCAAAAAGUGUAUGGAAACUGCCAAAUAUAGAAUGUCAGACCUAUUAAUAAGAAAUGUGGUCUAAUGUUCAGGUGGGCAACUAGGCCAUUUUUAAAGGAGCUAGAACCUAAGACCAGUGUGCUUUUUUUCUCAGCUAAAAUGCAGGAAAUGUGUAGAUGUUUCUAGCCUGACAAGACUCGAGAGACACAAAAUUCUUCUUUAAAUGUAAAUAUGCCUUUGGUCACAUUUACAAGACUGUGCUCAUGCUAGCUCUGCUUAUUACUUUUUUUACAUGCACUGCUUAAGCUAUUUCAUGAGCUUGUUAAAAUGAAAGUUAUCUUCAGAUACUUGUAUGGCUUUUCUUGUUUUCAGGCUGAACUAUGUCAUGUUAAAUUUCCAUCAGAAAAAUCUUGAACAUUUCUGUGAGAGUUGAGAAGCUGGCAUUUUUAUUUCCUUUUUCAACACAGAGAUAAUGCAUAUGUGUGUGUAUGCUGUGUAGGCCAGUUAAAAUGUAUGUACAGAUUAUAUUCAGGGAAUUGUAAUACUAAAAAAAAUUAUGUAUUUAAUUUUUUAAUUGUCUGCUGCAGGUCUUUCCAGAAUUUGUACUGCAGGUUUUCAGUAGCUGGAAGGAAAUGCAGCUCAAUAGUGAGAUUCCAGGUAUGAGAAUGGUUAAAUGCUGCAAAGCAGAAUAAACCCUUUUUUUUUCUUUUUUCUUUUUUUAAAUUUUAGGUUAUUCAUAAACAUCAUUCCUGUUUCAGAUCAGAGCCCAUGAACAAAUUGCAUUCCAAGUCUAGUGUGUAUCAGCUGUGUAAAAGCAGGUAGCAUCUCUCUCCAAAAAUACUUGAAGGCAAAGGUAGUUCUGCUUUUUAAGUUGAAUUAGUUUGGACAAAUCUACGUUGGGAAUGCAUCAUUCCACCAGCCCAGAGGGCUUAAGGACUAUAGUCAUUUAAAUAUCAAUCAUUCAAACAUCAAUCCCAGGCUUUCUGGGCACAAAGUCUUCUCUGUCACUCCUUAAGCAAGUUUCUGGGGCCAAGCAUUGAAGAUCCUUCCAGGGGCAGUGUCCAGAGUUUCCACCAGGCUCCAGGUCAAGCUCUCCCCUUACACAGCUCCCAGUGGGAGCAGAAAGUGUGCAGGGAAGUGCAGGGAUCUUUAGAAUGCCUUUGUAUGGACUGUGGUGCCUGCACAAGGGCUGCUCUGCUUGGGAAGAAGCUCGGGCAGCCCUUCUGCUUCAGCUUGCUUGGGACAAAUGUAGGAAAGGAGCUCUCUUGGGUUCACUACCUGCAGAAAACAUUUGGAGAAUUUUGCCCCACAUGGGGAUAUUUUUCUCCAUCAGGCUGAGGAGUCUUAAUCCACAGUUCUGAUGUGACACCAGCUAAAAGUAGACAAUUGACAAACUGCUUGGGGGAUAAUUUUUACAUUACUAUAUAAGCGAAAGUACUUUUCUCCCUGACAAACGUCUGUGUAUUCCUGUGUUUAUAAAAUCUUAUAUAAAGAGUGGGGGCAAACAAAGUCAACAUGGAACCUCUCUUUCAAAGCAGUAUCAGAGUGGGAAAGAAAACAUACUUACCUGUCACAGUGUUCCAUGCAUGUCAGUGAACUGAAAGGCAUCCUUGUUCCUGAACAGUGAGAACAAUACUUUCUGUGACUGUUUCAGCAAAUUCUUGGAUUCUUGGUCCUGUCACAAAUCUACUCAGUGUUUAUGUGGAUUUCACAGGAUUCAACUUAAAGGAUUUUUAAUUUUUUUUUUUUACUGUCAGUCAGAAGCCUACAAGCAUAAUCCCAUGAGGUUUUUUUUUCCUUUUCUUACCUUUCAUUCCUUAGAUUUCACUAGGAAUGGAAAUUUUCAUGAUCACCAAGUGCUUUGAAUAUCAGUGAGAUUUGAGCUUUUAAGUCACUUUAAUACUUUAAAAUAAAUAAGAAUCCAACACAAUAUUUUGAUUGCUAGAUUAAAUAUUCUAUCUAAAGACUAUAUUUUACAUAAAGGGAGUGAAGGUGCCUCUCCUAAAACAGCCCUUUGUGGAUAUAAAAAUUUUCUUUACCAUGCUUAACUAAUUCUCAGUGGCCCUGGUGUUUACAUAGGUUUUCUGAAAAUAAAAGCACUUCAUGAAACUGAAAUGGGUUUCCAGAUGGGACAGAUUGUUACCAAGGCUUGGCCAUAUCUUUCUUAAUUGACUUUUUUGCUAUAUUUUCUCUUCACUUCCAUGCAUCUUUCCAGAUUGCCAUAAUCUGUGGAUUUAAAGGUGGGGGCUUGAGUAAAUGAGCAGUGUGGAAAAACAGGUUUAUCUCCAAAUGCAUAUAGUUUAAGGUGGUGUGAGUAUGGGCAUGGUAAGGUUGUAGAGAGCUGCUCAUCCAGCUAACCUGGUAUUUUGCAUUAUAGGGAUGUCCAAAAAGUUGCUUAAAAAUUUUACUAGUUCUGCUCUGUCACAGCUACAGUUUUGAUACUUUUUUUUUUUUUUUUUUUUUUAUAAAAUCUAAAAGUGUUAUUGAGUAUUUCUCAUAUCAGUAGGGUGGGGAUUUGUUGUGGAGUUUUUUUGGUUUUGUUUUUCUAAAUCUGGCUUGUAUUUGAAGCUUUUCAGAUUGAUUGUUAACCCUGCUUAGGGACAGAAUAUGGGGGCACUGUACCUUCCAUUGCAUACCUUAUGUAACUUGGACCACUGGACACUUUACUGACUCUAGAAAAGACAUCUCAUUACUACCAGACUGCAGGACUGUGCUGCAAUAUUACUAUGAAGAAAUAAGAAUUAAGUAUUAGCCUGUCCUUUAUUAUCUUAGUCGAGAUGAAGUGGCCUGAAACUAAUGUUUUGAGAACAAGUUGUGCUAUACUUACUUAAAAUUAAUGCAAGCUAAAUCAUUCUUUCUGUGAAAGAGGAACUUCUAAGUGUGUAUGUCUGUAGGUGCAUACACCCCCUGUUAAGGCUGUGUUGUUGAAGAUGCAGAUCCUCUUAGCAUUGGAACCAUGUCAGAGGCUAAGUCAGUGAUACCUAUCUGGGAAUAAAUAAGGAGCACUGCAAUUCAAAACCUGUUACCCAUUUCCUUGAUGACUUAAAGAUCCGUAAUUUAAGUUGUACACAUUUCUGUAUCUUUAAUAUAUAUAUUUUUUUUUUUACUGUACUAGAUGUGUUUGUACUUCAAAAGGUUGGGCUCUCAUCCCUAACGGCAUACAAUUCCAUGUGCAAUGUUGGCUCACGUAUCCUUAGCUUCCUGUCAUCAGUAUACUCCUUCCAAAACUUUUUUUUUUUUUUAACUGGAAAAUUUUAACACCUGUGUCAUUUCUGUUAUGGAACUUCUGAAGCAAACUCUGAAUCUGCUUAUGGUAAAGACAAAAGAAGUGAGAUUUCAUGUUAGUAUUUCAUACAAGUCUUCUAGAAAAUGCUGUCACACGAGUGAGAGUUGUUUAAAUGACCGUAAUGCAAAUUCAUAAUGAAACAUCAAAAAUACAUAGUGAUUUUGAGAUGCCUUUAAAGCAUCACUUUUGCCUGAAGAAGUUUGGUUUUUUUUCCAAAGUUAAAUUCUGCUAAUAGAAUGGAAUUGAUUUGGAUUGUUUCUACAGUGUUAAUUACUUCCAGAUGAAAGUCAAAAUAUUGGUUUAUUUUGAGAGGGGAGAAAACUCUUUUCAAUCAUUUCUUUCAUUUUUAUGUUGAAGAUGUGGAAUACUUGAUUGUUAAACAACCCAAUCACUAAUAAGGUAGUGUGUUUAAAACUGUCAAAUCUGUGAUCAUACCAAUACAGUGGUUUUUGUUAAGACUGGACUAUCUUGGGUACAGUAACCCAUACUUCAGUGCAAUGUUUAUUGAUGUUCAGAACAAUGUUAUUAAAAUAAACUUAAACUAAAAUAUUUCUUCAUUUAGUA